AUCAUAUGUAUUAAAUGAUAAAUCAAAUAUGUCUCUCUGUUUGUAUCAAGAUGGUCACAAAGAACAAUAAACGUGUGUCGUAGUAGAUUGCCACCAUUAGUUUCUAGUAGACAACUCAGACGAGGUAAAACAAGCACAUCAAACAUAUAGCAGUAAAAUGUCUUCAUUGCCAUCUCAGUCAGUUGAACUGAGUUCUUACCGUGAUCAACAUUUUAAGGGGUCAAGAGCUGAACAAGAUCGUUUAUUACGUACGUCAACAACACUUUACGUAGGUAAUUUAUCAUUUUAUACCACUGAAGAACAGAUUUAUGAAUUGUUCAGUAAAUGUGGUGAUAUAAAACGUAUAGUCAUGGGCUUAGAUAAAUAUAAAAAAACACCAUGUGGAUUUUGUUUUCUUGAGUAUUAUCUCCGUAAUGACGCCGAAAAUUGUAUGAGAUAUGUUAAUGGUACAAGAUUAGACGAUAGAAUUAUUAGAACUGAUUGGGAUGCUGGUUUCAUCGAGGGAAGACAGUAUGGACGUGGAAAAACUGGUGGUCAAGUAAGGGAUGAAUAUCGAUCAGACUUUGACAGUGGUAGAGGAGGAUAUGGGAAAAUUAUUCAACAAAAAGUGCAACCAAUUUCUGAAGGUGGAUAUGGACGUUAAUUAAGGAUAAUUUAAUAAAUAAUUAACUUUGGAAGGAUUUAAAAACUGAGUAUAGUGAUGAAGAUUUGUUUUUAAAGUAUAGGGUAAUUAAUUAAGAUUGUGUUUAAAUACAUUGUAUAGAUUAAGAACGUUCAAGGAUUGUUAACAAGAUAUUGGAAAUUAUUUAAUUAUCCUUAUUACUUGAAAAAAAAAUUUAUUUCAUUUUAAGUGUUCCAUUAGAAUAUCAUCGUUUUCAACUUCAUUGAGGACAUCAGUAGUCUUUUGAGGAGCUGUAAACAUUUUACUAUUCGCUCUGAGUGAAGCCAUGGUAGGGGAAAUCAAAUUGACUGAAGCGUUUGCAGUGGUUACUUUCGGAGUUACGGGAGGCUAUGAUUACUGAAAUUGUAAGCAAGCACACGUGAAAGUAUUUAUUCUGUUAUCAUUUAAUUAUUUAUUUUUCAUUUUGAUUUUUUCCUCAAUAUCAUAUUUUGACUUUGAUAUGAAUUUCAAACAACUUAACCUAAAUGCUUACUGCAUUCUUUUUUAUUUUUUAUCAUUAUACUUACUUAUUGUUGAUUCGUUUAGCUAAAAAACAAAACUGCAAUUAUUAUAAAACUGUCACAUAUUUUUUACAACUUUUUUUUUUACUAUUAUUUAUGAUAUUUAUUUAUUUUUAUGUUUCUUGCUAUUGACAUACGUAUAAAAACAUACUCUGACAGCCUCCCGUAGUUCAUAUUUUGUCUGGCGCUGCAGUCACACUCAUAGCGAAUUGAAUAAUUAUAGUAUGUAUUCUAGUAGUAAAUAGUCGGUGUAGUUAAUUUCGAUUACUUUCUUAUUGAUCACCUAAUAUGGUAAUCCUAGCCACAUGUGGUGAAUUCCUCAGACAAAAUAUUCCUAACAAAUAGUACCGGACAAAAUUUUAUAAAACGAGACAUACUUUAAGCAUUGUUAGUGGCGCUUGCAGCAAUAAAUGAGAACUAUAAGAUUGGUAGGGUUAUAUGAUUGUUUUAUUAUAUGUGCAGUAUCUCAUAUAACAAUCUUUUUCAAUUCUUGAGCAAGUUGCUCUCAAGAUCGAUGUGCUAGUGUCUUUUUCGACGUACGUGUAUUGCUGCAGAUACUUGUGACCAGAUUUAAAUUGCAAGCCUAGUGCAAGCCUUUUACAAGAAAUUUGUGCCAGAUUAUAAUUCAAUUCUGGAGGAGGGCUCUAGUUGAAAAUAGUUGCGCAUGGCUUGCUCAAGAUCUGCUCAAGGAUUGAAAUUGACCUGGGGCCUUGAACAGAUCUUAAGCACGCCAUGCGUGAGUACCUACUAUGUAUGUUACUGGUACAAGAAAUGCGUCAGACACUGAUUCAUUGCACGUGUUUAAGAUAUCUUUAAUGUUCUUGCGUACGAUACCAUGAGCAAGACAUACACAAAUCUUGACAUAGGUUUUUUGAUACACAUUCUUGAAUAAGACACAUACGUAAAAAAAGACACUAGCAGCUAGGGGUCUUACUCAAGAUACUUAUUCCAAAAUCUUGCUCAAAUACAUUUUAAUAGAGGUGCACCUCUAGUAUAUCGUAAGAUCAUAAUUCUGAUUUAAUGCGAAAAAUUCAGAAAUCAAAACUAAAAUAGCCAUUUAAUAUUUCCUAAUAAAAUAUGUAAAUUGAAAUAAAUAUUAGAUAGAUAGCUAAAUGUACAAGCACUAUCACUAUCAUCGUCACUAUUUGAUUCGUCCCUUUUUCGAUUCAUUCCAAUUAUAUUUUUUACAAAUUAUUUUGUAAAAAUAAUCACCCAGUAUAUCGACUUACAAUCAAUCAUUCUAUUUAAAGUAAAAUAAAAGAUCUGGAAGGGUUAUCCCAAUGCCUUAUUUAAGAACUAACUAACUAAAAUAAAAGACAAUAUAGUGACUCUUUCAAGUGCUAGAAACUAACUGUAUAAUAAUAUUCCAAAUGUAUAUGAGUUUACUAGUAUACAUUCAAAUAUUUUCAUAUUAACAUACUCAGACACUUUAUAUC